AUGCGGCAGGAAGCCCACCAGGCCGUCCUCGAGGAACGACUGGAGCGGCGACUUGACGCCGCACUUCGGAUGCUGAUCACAGCGUUGCUCACACGUUUGGUUGGCAAUUUGGUCGCCUGCUUGGCUGGCCUCAUGAGGACACUGCUGGUUGGCACACUGCAUGGUGUUGCACUUCCAGCUGGAGCCACCGACGCCCCGGCCGUACCAGCAGUCGAGCCAUCCGCCGUGCCGGGCGUUGUAGAGGCAUCGGCGGUAGAGGAAAUACAGCUGGUGGUGGAGGCGUUUGAUGACGUCGAAGAGCAGGCAGAGCAAUGUGUCCGUGUCACGGGGAUACAGCAGGCCUCCGGGGUUGGUGUUGAAGUCGCAGGCGUAGAUGCCACCUGCGUGGCCGAAGCCGAGCAACGUGACCUCCGUGAGUGCGUCGGUGAGGGAAGUGAGAGUGAUGUGCUGCGGGUGGGCGGGCAGCGCCAGGCUGCUGAGGUUUAUCAAGGGCACGUCGGAGUCCCCGGGGUUCGGCUCCUCCGCCUCGAACAGCGACGGCAUGGCAUCAUGAGUGACGGUGAGAUGCACGGGAUUGUACGUAAGCCCGCAGCACCAUGUGAGCAUCUCGUAGAUGGAACACGGCGGCCGGGGCGAGGGAUGCACCUUGAGGUGGCACGUCUCAUAAUACUCAUGGAGGUGCGUGCAGAAGCAAUCGAGGAGCUCUAG